GCCUCUCACCACCUUCCAACUUCCUGCACCGCUCACGAUCCUCUUCGUUUUCCUGCCUGCACGCCCGCUGUCCGUAUCGUCUCUUCGCCCGCCUCGCGUCUGAAACAACAGCCCUGCGUUCACUGUCCUGUACCGUCGCAUCGCCGUGCGCCUAUUGAUUGCCAUCUCGCCUAUCUGCCGCUCUUGGAGCCUCGCAAUCCAUUCAGUACCUUUUGGCUCUUUCGAGCCCGUUCCACUCCUCAGCUGUAGUCCCUUCUUCGGCGGCUUUCAGCAGCUUGCACAGAGUCACAGGCCAUACUCACAGGCAGUCUCUAGAGUUUGGACUCGGCUUUGACUCUGCGCUCGUCGAGAUCGCCCAUCUCUCUGCCUGGCGUAGCCACCAGUCCCGAGACGCUGCUCAGCACAGAACCCUCGCCCUUUGGCGUCAAGCUGAGCAUGUCUUCGUCAAUCAACAUUCCGGCGGGGCCUUCGUCCUCUGCUCCGCGAUACGGCCUCUCCGCCGAAACAGUCGGCAGCUCGUCCGACAGCUCCUACUCGAGCUCACCUUCGCCCUCGUCCCCGUCUGCCUCUCCCAAGAGCAAGGCCAAGGCAAAGGGAAAGGAAAAGGAAACGGUCACGGCGCUCGAGAGCCGCCGUCCGAGCCUGCUCAGCUCGGCCUUUUCCAAGCAGGAGUGCACCGUUAUCAAUAUCGGCUCACCCGACGGCCCUCCACGACUCAUCUCGUAUCUGUCGUCCGCCCAAGGCUUCAUGUGGAACCCUGAAAUCUUCCUGCCGUCCUACAUCGACUGCGACUACGUCCCCCUGGAGAACCGACGAGACCCCGUACACGAGAUACAUCUCACGGAUGAGGAGAUGAAGAAUAUGCUUCCGCAAUGAACAUGACGCCCUGCUUUUGUGUCGCCAUUACGCCCCAUACCCCUGUUUUCUUUUCUCCUUCGGGACCCUGAAUUAUCUAGAUAUCCUUUUUUUUUCCCCCUCUCUCACGACAUGUGUACUCGACUUUGUUUCUCACCAGUGUCGGUUGGCACCCAACGGCGUCAAGGCCUCGGCACUUGUUGAUUGGUUGGCCUCGUUUUGGCCCUUUCGGGUGUAUAAUCCAGGCGGCCGUGACGGGUCGCGGACGAUGGGCCUGGUGGUACCUGGUAUUCUCUGGAGGGCAGCUGCUUCAAUGCGCCAUCACGGCCGCUUGGCGUUUGCGCUCGUAUUUACGAUGCGAUGUUGGUAUUGGUUU